GACCCAGCGCAGCGAAAGGGGCCGCUCAAGCUCAGGAGCGCAGAAGCUCCUUCCUCUGCCGACGAGGAGAGGGCUUCAGUCAGAAGUGCAACGAGAGCUUGAUGAGAUGGGAUACCCUGCAGCCGAGGAAGAGGAGGAUGAAGCCGCUCGUCUGAUGAAGCUCCGGCCUCAAGAGCUCAUCGAUGAGAUCAGAAAGCUGGGGAAGGAGCCCAAGGGUCUUGUCGAGAAGCAGGAGCUAGUCGCCGAGCUGAUCGGGCUCCGAAGUUCCUUGCGGGGCGAUACCAGGAAUGAGGAGCAGAAAUCAGCUGACGUGGACUGGAGCGAGAAGCUGAAUCUCCUGGUGGAGAUGGGAUUCACUGAUUUGAUCGAGAACGAGGAACUCCUCCAUCGUCAUGGAGGAGACGUCAAGAAGGUGAUUGAAGCCAUCCUGAAGCGAUGAAGCCUGUGAAGCGGGCGCAAGUCAACGUUGAGCUGGACACUGGAUGAAUCAAGUUGUAACAGUUGAACUGCCUAGCGCUCCCCCCCCCUCCCCCUUCCCAGUCACUGGUGGGGCCACACAUAGCGCUCUAUGAGCCUGUGCGAGCCCAGUGAGAGAGUCUCGGUGAGCGGGCCCCGGCCCGGCCUCCGAGUCCGGCCGGGCGGCUACUCAGCCUAGGCUACUAUCCUCUAUCCCCGCUUCCCCACUCAGUCCACAAUUAUAAAAAAAAGUGGUUUC